AUGGCACCCGACGUUUCGGUACUUUCCAAAGUAAACGAUUUGCUGCGCGAUGAGGACGACCUCGAGCGCAUCGAGUCGCUGCGCAAUGACCUGAAGAAAGAAAAAGCGUCGGUCGGGUCGCAAUUGAAGAUCGAGUGCGACAAGAGAAUCGCCAUCAUCACCGCUGUCCUAGAGAACCUACAGGCGUCCAGCAAAGACUUGAAAAGUUUGAAAGACAAUCUCAGCAAGGUUGAGAGCCUCCGACAGCAAUCUGUUUCGAAUAUCAACAAAUACGAGCUCUUCGACAAGUCGUCGGUGGUGUACUCGAAUUUUGAGAAAGUUGUGGCCACAUACAACAACUUCGUCCAGUUAGAGGACCGUCUUGCCUACGUGGACCAGCUGCUUGACAAGGAACUUCCGGAAAAUGAUUAUUUCCCGGAAGACUCUCCAGCAGAGAACCUUCUGCUCAUCCACUACGAGCUCAACAGACUACGCGACUUCAAGGACGAGCUCAUGCACCUGUCGGAAACGAGUCGCGCGGGUCUGCGGUCGAUUGUGGUGCAGUCGUUUAUGCGUCUGAAUGGCGUCGUUGCUCGCUUUGAGCACCUGCUGCGGCUCAUCGUCGACAACUUUGUGAGCAUCAUUGGGUGUUCCAACUUUGGACUCAUAGUGAAACUGGUGAAAAUCCUCGAGUACGAGGAAAGAGAGGACCUCAGACUUGCGCUGAUGAACCAUCUCAUCAGCCAGUCGAAAAGCAAAGACGAAAUGGCUGUCAGCAGGCUGGCCACCUACGUCAAACGCACUGCUCCGCGCAACUACAAGAAACUGGUGUACGGGUUUUUCCGCGAGUCGAUCGAGACGAGUUUCGAGGCCAUUGUGCAAGGCUCGGACCCGAACGAGGUGCUCUCGAUUAUCGAGGAGAACUACUACGAGAUCCUCGUGGCGUACAAGGUUGGGUCGGAGCGUGGGUUCCCGGCGAGCUGGAAGUUUUUUAACAAGAUUCUGGAAUGGUACCAGAACAGUCUGCGUGCUGUUGUGAAGCGCAUUGUGGCGGACCCAACGCUGCCCUCGUCGUAUAUUGUCCGUGUGCUCACCUUUGACUACGACAAUGCGCAGGCUAUUAAGGAAAAGUUUGGCUUUACGAAGAAACAGGUCGAGCCGUACAUGUUGCUCAGCGCCGACGAGCGCAAGCGGCUGCUCAACGAGUGUCUGGAGUUCAAUGUUAAGAAAACCCGCGAAUGGGCCGAGAACGCGUUUGGUCCAGCGUUGAAGCUCUUCAGUACCAUGGAGAAGGAGCCGUCGGACUCGUCUUCUGAGAAGCUUGGAAUCGAGAUGGCGCAAAUUCUGAUCGAGAUCCUGCGCUCCAACUUGAACACGUUGCUUGACGCCGGAGACAGCCCGAUCCUGAUAGAGUACCUGCAAUUUUUCUGCGCGCAGUUUCUGCGACAGUUCUACGACAGAUGGAUCCAGGCGCUGGAGAACGGUGCGCAGCAGUGGAACGCCGCUGCAGAGGCCCCGGACAACGAGAACGUCGGCUGGCUACCGCGGUACGUCACGAUUCUCGCAAACGACUGUGUUCGGCUGGUCAACGGGCUUGAAAGCCAGUUUAAAGAGGUGGAGCAGAUGGUGCACUCGAAAUUCCAUCCCCAGCUCCAGAGCAUUCUUUCGCAGGGCACACAGCAUGUUUUGAACCUCGGCACAGAGUGUUUGGUCAAACUCAACGGGUUCAUUGUGGUGGAGUACGACCCGUACCUGAGCGAGGUAUUCACCAAAAGGUGGUACAAGAGCGACGAUAUGGUGACGACGUCGCUACAGAUUGUGCACUCUUAUAUGGUUCCGCUGAAAGAAUAUCUGGACGCAGAAUUGUUUGAGUCCCUGUUUGAGCUCGUCUACGACACGUACCUGUUGCACUAUCUACAGGCACUUAACGCCAGAAACAAGAUCGACACCAAGAAGUUCGAGUCGGUCAUGGAGCGCGACGGACACCUCAUCAACACGCAGUUCUCCAACUACGUCGAAAACACACAGAUCAUCGAGGACCACGUCUACAUCUUCGAUAUCCUCAUUUACCUCGCCACGUUCGAGAACGAGCAGCAGUACGUUGACGCGUGGCCAGGGUAUUUGGAGGUGUUCAACGAUCUGCCGGUCGACUUUUUGAAAGCGGUGCUGGAAUGCAAACGGCUCAAAGACAGCAAGAUCAAAUUCAUCGUCGGGGAAUGCAUGCACAUCUCGAAGCUCUACAAGCCCGAGAACUUCACGCCAACGUUCAUGUCCAACUUCAAAGCAAAAUAG